GUCAGUCUUGGCCACUGGACUCAAAACUUUUUCUUACAGCACACACAGACACACAGAAGCUUAAAUCUUGCUAUACCAGAAAAGCAAAGCAUGGAUUUGAUGGAACUAAUUUUCGUCUGUCUUGGUGCAGCCGUUGUUGUCUACUAUGGAGUUAAACUGCUGUUUUUCGCUAGGAUGCUUUUUCCAAAAUUGUGUUUUCCACUGCCAAAAACCUUCUUCACCUCUAUGGGCGAGUGGGCAGUGGUGACUGGAGCUUCAGAAGGCAUAGGAAGAGCAUACGCAUUUGCACUUGCUGAACGAGGAAUGAACGUUGUUAUCAUGAGUAGAACCAAGGCAACACUGGAUCAGGUGGCCAAGGAAAUAGGUGAAACCACAGGGCAGACGGUGAAAGUGAUAGCAACAGACUUCACGAAUCAAAAUGUCUUCGAUGAAAUAGAGGCUCAGCUGAAAGACCUCAAUGUUGGGAUUUUAGUCAACAACGUAGGCACACUGCCCAGCCACAUCCCCUGCAAAUUCUUGGAGUUUGAGGAGCUUGACAAGGCAAUUAUAAACGUGAUAAACUGCAAUGUGAAAACCAUGGCCAAGAUGUGCAAAAUGAUCCUCCCAGGGAUGGCAAACAGGGGGAAAGGCUUGAUUUUGAAUAUUUCCUCUGGAAUUGCCACUAUUCCAUUCCCUCUAUACACCCUGUACGCUGCAUCAAAGGUGUUUGUGGAAAGAUUUUCUCUAGGUUUACAAGCUGAAUACAAAGACAAAGGGAUUAUUAUGCAGGCAAUAGCUCCAUUUGGGAUCUCCACUCGAAUGGCAGGUUACCAACAAACUAACACAGUGACUCUGUCACCAGAAGACUUCGUAAAAAGCUCCUUGCUGUACCUCCGAGCUGGAGACAAAACAAAUGGCAGCGUCUGUCACACACUUCUGGGCUGGUUACUGCAGGCCAUUCCCCUAAAGGUUCUCUAUUCAGAGUUUAUGCAACACAGCCUGCAAGACUAUGUCAAGAAAAAAACAGCACAGACGGCAUCAAGCUCUGCAUCAUGAGCACCUCUUGAAAACAAUGGAAGUAAAUAGGAAAAAACCCAAAAAGUAAUGUUAAGACAUUUGGUUCAAGUGUUCCUUUACUGAAAAUAAAUGUGUAAUUAUGGAACCGAUGAAUGUGAAAGCUUGUUAAAAAUAUUAUCAUUAUGUACUGUGUAUGUAUGGAUAAAGUAUUAUUUUGUGUGCAGGGCUAGUUUACACCUGUUUGGAGCUUUUGGAACAAUGUGGGUAAACUACCCUCAGGAAAGCACCUUUAUAAAUUCUAUUCUUUGGUUUUAAGUUCUUAUUUUAGAGGGAGUGAUACGUCUGUGACUUUAAAUUGACUGUAGGUGUGGGUGCGAGGGUGCACGGUUGUCUGUCUCUUACUAUCAGCCCUGUGAUGAAUUGGCAGCCUGUCCAAGGUGUAUCCUGCCUCCAGCUCACAGAGACCCUCUACAGGAUAAAGCGGGUAUAGCUAAUGGAUGGAUGGAUAGAUGGAUGAUGCCUCUGGUUUUUGAUCUUAUUAAAAAUAUGUUCAACAUUCA